UGACCUGAAAAGCCAUGGGCCUUCAAUGUAAAAUGGCCUCUAUUUUGGAAUAUUUAAACAAUUUCAUCUGGAAUGAACAAUUUUGGUUGGGUGAUGAUGCACAGUGGGACGAUUUUAUUAGUUCGGAUCCAAGCAUUUACUAUCCCAAAGUUACCCAUAUGAACUGGUCAAUUGUUAUUGGGAUUUUGCUUAUGUUUGUCAGGCCUAUUUUUGAAAGUUUUGUAAUAAUUCCGUUUGCUAAUUGUUUGGGUUUAAAAGAAAGAAAAAAUAUUUCACUAAAGGAAUCACCACCCCUUGAAGCUGCCUAUAAAUCUUACAAGGCUGAAGUACCUUAUAAUGAAAUUAAGAGAUUAUCAAAAGAAACAAACUUGACAGAAAGACAGAUACAAAGAUGGUUUUAUAAAAAAAGAUUAAUGCAGAUGCCUUCUUUAAUAUACAAGUUUAAAGAAUGCAGUUGGCAAGCUUUUUUUUAUUCAAUCACAUCUUGUUAUUGGCUUUACACUCUAUGGGAUAAACCUUGGAUGUGGGUGACAGUUAACUGCUGGAUUGGCUGGCCUAAACAGCAUGUAGAUAAUCAUGUGUUCAUCCUGUACUUAGCCGAGUUAAGCUUUUAUUGGAAUUUGCUGUUUGAAAUCUACUUUCGAAGUAACUAUCAUCAAAAGGAUAAGAAACAGAUGGUUCUUCAUCAUUUGGCUACCAUCACUUUAAUUUAUUUCUCUUGGGGAUGUAAUUUUGUGCGUGGGGGAUCUCUUGUUCUUUUAGUUCAUGACUUUGCAGACCCUUGGCUUAAUAUGACAAAAAUGGCCAAAUACUUGAAUCGUCAAACUGCAUGUGAAAUUUUAUUUGUCUUUCUUUUAAUCUCAUGGAUAUUUUCUAGAUGUAUUAUUUAUCCUUAUUGGAUAAUGUAUCUGGCAGUGGUGGAAAUCCUUGAUUAUGUCACCACAUCUUCAGGUUACUGGUUGACAUCUGCAUUGCUCAUUCUGUUACAACUACUCCAUUUUAUUUGGACAUACAUGCUCAUUACGACUGCACUCCAGAAGUUUACUUCAGGCUCAAUAAAAAAAGAUUCAAGAAGUGAAUCAGACAAUGAGCUGAGUGAUUCCACCAAUGAAGAGACUUUGAAAGACAGUAUCAUUCAAAGUGAAGAAUACAGUCGCCAAAUGACACAAGACAACCAAGAAAAUUAGAGUCUUAAUCUGUUAUGUUGAUAACAGUUACCAGCUGCUAAGAAAUUGUUUUCUGUAAUAAGUCUUUUUACUCUAAUAAGUCUGUAUGCCAAUUUGUUUGAUUAGAGAUGAACUAUUGAUGCCCACUAAUAUCUAAUAUGCAAUAGGAAUAAAUUGCUUCAUUUUUUUUUAUUUCUCUAUACAGUUACUCAAUCUGUCCAGUAUUGGUCAGUCUGUUCAGUUUCAAUUGGUUUAAAAAAAGAGUAAAAAGAAAAUGUAGGCAGUACCAGUAGUAGGAUUUCAACCCACACCUUAAAUGAUUGUUACAUGCAACUAAUGUCAUAGAUUACUCAAACGCUUUCAUUAUGGUGAACUAGGAAAAACCUGUCUUUGUAAUGUUAAGACGUGGGAUUGAUCAAAAUAAAUAACUCACUGAUUCCCAGUUGCCUGUCACCGCUAUCACUCCAAUUGCAGACUUCUUGCCUAAACACAAUCCAGUUGUAAUAAGUCAAUAAUUUCUCUGAAAGAAAUAGUUUUUUCAAAUCCAAUUCACAUAAAUAGAUCGACUAACACAGAAAAGAAAACAAUCCUCUAUCUCUCAAUCGAGUAAUCAAAAACUAAUGCCCCUUAACACUUUCCAGAGGUCAUUUGAUGCCCCACCCCCACCC